AGAGUUUAUGAAAAGGAGCCUGUGUUCCCAUAAUCAGUCCUCCGGGAUUCCAACAAGGAUACAGCCAUUCCUUCCUACUCCUCAAACAGGAUCCUCACUCACUAAUAUACCAGGAACAUGGAGAUGCGAGUUCUUUGGCUUUUGCUCAUUGCUGGAUCCAUGGCACGAGAAGACAUGGAUAGAAGUGUCUUCCUCUUCCCCAGAAGUUCUGUUGCUGAUUAUGUGGUUCUGACCCCAAUGGUGACUGAGCCUUUAGAUAAACUCACCGUUUGCUUGAGGAGCUACUCAACUGGCAGAAGAUAUGCUUUUUUUAAUGUGGGCACCCCAAACUCACAGAUAAAAAUGUCUCUUGUCCUCCAGUCCAUGUCGUGUCACUCAGAAUUGCCGUACUGUUUCUCCAGCAUCGUUAUAAACAAUACGCAGGUGUCCAUUCCUGAAAAGGCUGAUUCUCUGGAGUGGAAUCACAUCUGUGUGACCUGGGACUCUGACACUGGAGUUCUACAGCUUUGGGUUAAUGGAAAAGUCUCCCCUCGCACAGUACUGAAGGAAGGCUUUUCUAUUGAUCUCCAGGACGGUAUCACCCUGGGUCAGAAGAAGGAUCCUUUUUAUAAUACGUGGGAUUCACAAAUUUCAUUUCAAGGGGAAAUAAGUGAUGUCCAUAUGUGGAAUUGGGUUUUGUCUCCUGUGAACAUAAGGAAGGUUCUGCUAAAUAAAUGGUUUAGACAUGGGAAUGUCAUUAGCUGGAGGUCGCUGAACUACACUAUUAAUGGAAAUGUCACUGUUCAACCCAAACUCCAGAGUAAACAUGGCAGUGAGUCUGGCAGCUCACACCAUCCACGGCUGUUUCAAUAAAAUAUAGGGCCUAAAGACAAAGUGAAACUGGGCCCCCCCAAAAAAACACUUUGCAUGGUGCAGUGGCAAAAGUUUCAGGCCAUGACUCCUUUAGCCACAAUCAUCCAUGCGUGCCAGUAAAAUCAGAACAGAAAAGAGACAAUGGACACAUUAACCCAGAACAUGACAAUAAGAUAACUGGGGAAAAUGGAGAAUGAGCACAUUAACCACAGAGUUGCCAGUAAAAUCAUUGCAGAAAAAUCUAUACUGAACACUACAUAUACUAACCCAGACUUUUCAUCUCUCCUUAUCUUCCCAUGCUUCUUGUCUCUUGCUUCUUCUGCUGAGUGGAAAACUCCUGCUAAACUAUUAAAGAUGGCCGUUUGUUUCACUGUGAAAUCCCCAGCAAUCUUUACUCCCCCACAAGGCUUUAAAGCUGUUUUGGGUGUCAGGGAUCACUCAGCCUUGUCCUUGAGCCGACCCUGGCACCGUUAGUGCUCUAUGGAAAAACGGGUUUGAUACAACUGGUGGAAUGAUUUCUUCCCAACGAAUGAUUGUGAGCCAUGAACUGUUUCUGGAAAGAAGAGCUUAUUUAGUCUUAACCAUUGCUGAUGUUUGGGAUGAAGAGACCCCUGGUUCAUCUGGUGUGUGUGGGUGGGGAUUUCAUAAAUCAAAUAUGUCCUACAGAAACCCUCUAAAUGUCCCAGCAUCCCACCAACAACUAGAAGGCUGGAGUAUGGCCAUGCCUGAUGAAUGUCUGAAUGCCUGAACUUUUUAUCCCCGUUAAAGAAGAAUUCAACCCCUAUUUAAAAAAAACCCUGCCCCCCUUCCCUACAUAGACCCCCUCCCUCCUCCCC